AUGCUGCGCGCCUCUCAGUCGAGACGCGAGGCCCGCCCGCCCUGGCCGCUCCUGAAGCCGCCCGGCCGCCCCACUAGCCCCGCCAGCCCCGCACGCUCCACGGGAAUCCGCGCGGGUUACACGAUAAGUAUUUUCGAAGCUUUCGGAUGGACCGGAAGGGGGGAGGGCGCGGGGCGGCCGGAUCCAGAGGGUCGCGGGGCGCAGGACCCCUCGCGGCGCAGGGUUAGUAGGUUCGCAAUGUCGCGGCGUUGUCGGUCGGAAUGCAUUCGCGGACGUAAAGUAGCGACCUGA